GCAGCAGCGGCGCGGCGGCUCCACGCAGUAGUCAGGGGCUGGGUGUGAAGCUUAGUGGAGGUGACGGCAUGGUCCUUUCAAUUUGGUGACCUACGGAAUAAAACAUCCGUGUAGGUAGAGUUGGAGUCGGGUUAAGGCUGAACGGUUUUUCUGGUGGAGCGCGUCUUACCAAACUGGAUCCUACUUUAUUAGAAAAAGGAAACAACCAGGGCUAUGCUGUUUUUAUCCGUUUUCAAUCUGAGCAUUUGAAAUAUUCCCGCUCAUGUGCCGCGGAUGAUAAACUGGAUAUAAUCUCUGCAGAAAUAAUUUUUUUGAAGACGCGAUUUGCGCCGCCUUCGCGUAUUUUCUUUUUGAUUUCCAGCCACGACGCGUCUUUGGCACUCCAAUAAAUCAAAUAAAUGUGUUGCUGCGAAUUUCUUUUGCCAAAUUGAACUCAAAGGAGUGCGACCAAGAGCCCAGAGGUGGAUAAAGGUUUUCUUUUUUUAUGAAGUGAUAAGAAGACAUUUAUGGCCACAUGAAAAUUAGGUAAAAAGAUCUGGAGAUGCGGCCCAAAUACUUUUAUCUGCUUCAGGUGUUCACCUUUGUGAGCAUCCUCCCCUCGGCCUCCUUAGCGGAUCUGACAUGUGAAGCUCUGCUCAUGCUGGCAGGGAACGUCUCGCUGCAGUCCCUGUUCGCCUCCUGGAACCAAACCUUGAGCAACACCACGAGCCAUUGGAGCGGCUUGGGAAUCUACUGUGAAACCUCCAUUGAUGGCAUCGGCACCUGCUGGCCCAGGAGCAGUGCCGGCCAUAUGGUGUCCCGGCCCUGCCCCGAGAUGUUUUACGGCGUCAGAUAUAACACCACGAACAACGUUUAUAGGAAAUGUCUUGCAAAUGGUACGUGGGCACUGAAGGGGAACUACUCCAUGUGUAAGGCCAUACUUCACGAGGAGAAAAAAGGCAAGAUGCACUACCAAAUUGCUGUCAUCAUAAACUUCCUGGGUCAUUGCAUCUCCAUGGUGGCUCUGCUCAUCGCAUUCUUCCUCUUCUUAUGCUUGAGGAGUAUUCGAUGCCUCAGAAACAUUAUCCACUGGAACCUCAUCACUGCCUUCAUCCUGAGGAACGCCACUUGGUUCAUCGUCCAGCUGACCAUGAGCCCAGAGGUGCACGAAAGUAACGUGAUUUGGUGUCGCCUUGUCACUGCCUCAUUCAACUAUUUCCACUCCACCAACUUCUUUUGGAUGUUUGGAGAAGGAUGCUACCUCCACACUGCAAUUGUCCUCACAUACUCCACUGACAAGCUCCGCAAGUGGAUGUUCAUCUGCAUCGGCUGGUGUAUACCAUUCCCUAUAAUAGUGGCAUGGGCCAUCGGGAAGCUGUACUACGACAAUGAGAAGUGCUGGUUUGGGAAGCAACCCGGCGUGUACACUGACUACAUCUACCAAGGUCCAAUGAUCCUUGUGUUAGUGAUUAAUUUCAUCUUCCUCUUCAACAUUGUGAGAAUUCUGAUGACUAAACUGCGAGCUUCUACAACAUCCGAGACAAUCCAGUACAGGAAAGCCGUGAAGGCGACGCUGGUACUCCUUCCCCUCCUGGGAAUCACCUACAUGCUGUUUUUUGUCAACCCAGGGGAGGAUGAGAUUUCUCAAAUUGUCUUCAUAUAUUUCAACUCAUUUUUGGAGUCUUUCCAGGGCUUCUUCGUGUCAGUGUUUUACUGCUUCCUAAACAGUGAGGUCCGCUCAGCUGUAAGGAAGCGAUUCCACCGGUGGCAGGAGCAGCACUCUAUCCGGGCCAGGAUGACUCAGGCUAUGUCCAUCCCAACUUCACCUUCACGUGUCAGCUUUCACAGCAUCAAGCAGUCCACAUCGCUAUGAAACAGGAAACCAGAUUUAUCCUGCAUACUGGGACUAAACCUCCAACUGUCAUUGUCAUCAUUUCCCACCACCUCAGCAAAGUACACAAAAAAAACUGUCUGAGCAGGGACAAGGAGACACUGCAUUGGUGUCCUAUACCUCAGGGGGGACAUUACACAGACUUUCUGGAGAAAAUGGAUGGGGACUAUGGGAAAAGGACAUUGCAGACUCUGCAUUAUUGAAGGUUAGUGGAUCAAAAGACCAACAAUCUGAUCUGCAUGAUCCGGAGUUCCAUUGUGAAUGUACAGCACACCUUUCAGUUUGAUAUUGACUUGCUGUAGAAAAAGUGUAUUUCUGCCCGCAUAAUUAAAUUUUGCUGUCAUCAUCUGUUAAAUCUUGUGGCGCUAAUGGAAAAUCCAUCUCAGUGGACACGUGCUCCUGCACCCUAAAGGCAGAGACAGAGUUGUUAAAUGUUCAGAAAUUUGUUGAUAUUUUUGUUUUUACAGUGUUUUUUUAUGUUGUACUGUUGUCUCAUGUUCCCAGUUCAGUGUAGUUGUGCUUCCUUCAACUUACCGGGAAGGUUAAAUACACUGCUCAAAAAAAUAAAGGGAACACUCAAACAACACAUCCUUGAGCUGAAUGAAUGAAAUAUUCUCAUUGAAUACUUUGUUCUGUACAAAGUUGAAUGUGCUGACAACAAAA